CAGAACUUAGGUACUUAAUUCAUUUAGUAUAACUAAAAUCAGUGCUACAAAAUACGGAAAACCUAGAGUUUAGCAUCUUGGAAAGACCCGUCACCGUUCAACAACAAAAAAUAACUACCAAACAAGAAACAACAUUCUUUAAAAAAUCACUAAUGGAUUAUCUAAAAUCCAACUUUACCACACAGCCCGAAGAAGCUUUAAAGUACCCAGAUAGUAUCCAACCCUUGCAUUACCAGCCCAUCUUCGAGCAGGAAGUCAAUAGCUCACCAGGCGAGCUCAUCCACCCUGGCUAUCUACCUUUCUUUUAUGACUAUAGAGCAGUUGAUAGGGGGUUGUGCGAGGCCAGGGAAGCCUGUGACUGGGAGUGGGGAGAUUGGGAGAGCCAUAUUGUGGUGAAGGAGGAAAGUGAGGAGCAGGGAAGGGCGUUUGUAGAAGGUACCCAAUCUCCAGCAGGCAGUCGCAAAGAGCGGACUGCGUUCACGAAGGCUCAGAUUCGAAGCUUGGAAGCAGAAUUUACACGAGCCAACUAUCUGACACGACUGCGCCGGUAUGAGAUAGCGGUCGCAUUGCAUUUAACAGAAAGACAGGUUAAAGUAUGGUUUCAGAACAGAAGAAUGAAGUGGAAGCGGACGAAGGGCGCCAGCAAACAUCAAAAGAAGAAGGAUGCUAAUAGUACUAAUUAAUUUUCAAGUAUUUUAGGUCAUAGAAAAUUAGUUUUACGUG